GUUGGUAAAAAAAAUUGACAAUUCGACCGACUACAACUGUCAGAACUUUUAUUUUCCUUUGCUUUUGCUAUUCCACUUUGCUGAGUUUGCUUGUUGACGUCGAUUUUCCGUGAAAAUUUGUUGGUUGCUACAGUAAAUUACAAUUCACAAAAAUAUUAACAAUUUUGAUUAUUUUUUAUACUGUUUAAUUAAACAUUUUAGUGUUUAAGUGCGAGUUUAAACGGUAAAUAAAACAAUGUGGAAACGAAAGCUACUAAUAUUGGUGAAGGUGUUUCUGCUGAUGACAAUGCUUGCCUCAGCAACGCAGACAAAUUCUGAUGCUGGCAAAACUAUUAAAACGCUAACACCGAAUGCCAACAUUGCACGCGAGGAACGUCCCUUAUUGGCUAAUUCCAAAAUAAAAGUUCAUAUCGAAUGUGAGGGUCGUGAUGGCUUAUAUGUAAAUAUUGAGUGGCAAUUGUACGAGCGCCAAUGUUGGACGGACAAGCGCAUGUACGAAAUUCAUGAUAUCGAAGCAGAACAAAAUUGGCCAAUGCAAAACAAAACGGAAUUUGGUUUCAUCACUAUGGACUCAAAAACUACCGAAUGUUCAAUGCAUCCAAUUUUGUUGUCGGAAAAGCAAUGGCCGUUACAAGAAACGGCAGCGUUAUCACCAGAAACAGCUGCUUUAGCAACGGUCAAGAAAGCGAACAAUAGCAAAAAACAUCCCACAGCGCCAUUAGAUAAAAAUAUCAUCACCAUUGGCAGAGAUGGCAUAUAUGAAUUGACAUUGAAAAUUGAAGCUGUCAAAAGUGCCGAACCCGUAGAUUUUGCCGCGCACGUACAACUGGAUAUUGUUGGACCUGAUGGCGGCUACCUUUCCGCGAUUGAUCAUCCGCUCUUGGCGUUCUACGGCAUAAUGUGCGUUGUCUAUGUAAUUUUCGGCAUUAUCUGGCUCUUUGUAUCAUUCAUGCAAUGGCGUGACCUAUUGCGCAUACAAUUCUGGAUUGGUGGCGUCAUAUUGCUUGGCAUGCUGGAGAAAGCAUUCUUCUAUGCACAAUACUAUAGCCUCAAUGCUACAGGUAUACCGGUUGAGGGCGCCGAAUUGAUGGCAGAAUUUGUUUCCUGCGCCAAACGCACACUGGCACGCAUGCUGGUCAUCAUAAUGAGUCUGGGUUUCGGUAUUGUCAAACCUCGUUUGGGUCCAAUGCUUCAUCGCGUGGUUGGCGUUGGCGCGCUAUACUUUGUCUUGGCUUGCGUUGAAAGUUACUUGCGUGUGACUAGCACGAAAACCGAUGAACAGUUGGUGGCCGCCAUACCGUUGGCUGUGCUGGACACAGGCAUCUGCUGGUGGAUAUUCACAUCGCUGGUGCAGACCACCAGAACGUUGCGCUUAAGAAGAAAUAUGGUGAAACUGUCGUUGUACAGACACUUCACAAACACACUGAUAUUUUCGGUGCUUGCAUCAGUGCUAUUUAUGUUGUAUGCACUGCAUAUGCGCAAGUCACAGAACUGUACACCAGUUUGGCGCAAUAUUUGGUUCGAUGCCGCUUUCUGGCAUGUGCUGUUUUCGGUAUUAUUGCUGGUUAUUAUGAUUUUGUGGCGUCCCACAAAUAAUAAUCAACGCUAUGCAUUUACACCGCUGCUCGAUGCACCCGACGAUGAGGACGAUGAUGAAGAAGAUCAAUUCGUCGCCGAUGCGUAUGGUGUAAAAAUGCGCAAUUCACAUGCAAAUGGCGGCACUAAAACGCCACCAAAUGCACAGCGCGGCACAACGACCGAAGAGGAUGAUCUACGCUGGGUGGAAGAGAAUAUACCAUCAUCAAUGGCCGAUCCUGCGUUGCCGAUUUUAGAUUCGGAUGAAGAAAUCAUCAAUACGAAAUUCGAAGUUUCGAAAAUGCAAUAAAGCUAGACUAUAUAGUAAGCGCGAAAAAAAGAAACCAAAACAUUUAAAACUAUUUAUAUAUAAGUACUAACAACAACACACACACAUACACCUAACAAGAGAGCAGAAGAAAAUGUUAAUUUGUGAUUACCAGUAUAAUUUGCUUGCUUAUAUACAUACAUUAAUAUACAUGUAUAUAUAUUUUAUAUCAGCUAUCACAUAUGCAUUGUAAAUGCUACAUUAUUUUCUUGUUUAAUUUUUAUUAUUGAUUAUAUUUUAAUUGCGCGAAAAUGAAAUUUUUGUUUGAUUUAAGUGAAAGUUAUAAGCAGCUAAAAUAUGUCUUAAAUUUGCACAAAUUAACUAAUUUAAGUUUACACUAAUUCUAAACUAAUAAUAAGUUGCAUAUUUUUUGUUUGUUUUUUUUUUUGUGGGUUUUUUGGUUUUAUUAUAAAAAUUGCUUCUUCACACAGGUCAAGUAUUUUGGAAAUGAUUUAUUUAUUGGUUUAUUCUAAAUAAGUAGUUUGUUUUCAACAAAUGUGUAUUCCUCAAAAACUAGCAAGAAAAAUCCAAUUCAUAAGAAAAACAAUAAUUUUAAUUUGUACACAAAUUUUUUGACGCAAACAAGCAAAAAAUAUGAGCAACUUGUAAAAUAUUUAUGAAAACCACAUUUUAUACGUGUACUAUUUAGAUGUAAACGCUUAUUAAAUCAUUAAUAACAAUUAAUUUGUAAGUUGUAGAUAACAGUAAUGUGCUGCGUCAUUACAUUUGUUUCUAGUUAAUAAACACACCGCAAAAAAAAACCACAUAUUUACAUACAGAUAUUAUAUAUGUAUGUAUGUAGUAAUAAAUAAUUCAUUGUAAUUAACAAUUCGAGGGCCAUUAUUAACCAACACAUUCAUAACUGCAAGCAUACACAUAAGUAUUGUUGUAUAUACAUAGUUAAGAGUUAUGUAAUUAUUAUAUAUUUUUUUUUUAAUUUUUCAACUAAAUCAUAUUUUAAAUAUUAUAUGAUAUAUCUAAUUAGUGUGCUGGAAAAGAUUUAUAAAUAUUUGCAAACAAAAUAAAAUAGAAAAUAGAAAAACUCGCCAACUAAAGUCAGCUUUCUUCUCAACUGAUGUUCUAUACAACAUAAAAUUUAAAAUGUCUGCAAUUUGUUUUUUUCUAAUAACUAAAAUAAACCUAAAUAAUUUAUACGUUUGCAUAAAUAAGUUUAACGCUACACUUAAAAACACAUAUUUUUGCUAUAAGAAAAAUUAUCAUUUUAAUAAACUGUAGUCAAGCUGAAUUAUUUUAACAACCGAGAAUAAAUAAUAAAAACAAUACAUACAUAUGUAUGUAUAAAUAGUACCAAAACAAA